AAAUGAUUAAUUGCUUCAUUAUCGACAGAAGAUGCAGAUCGAAACAGGGACCCCCCCGGCGUCCCCACCAACAGAGAGAGUAGCAGUAAGUAGUUAGCGUUUCAUUUGGAUUCAAGCUUACGACACCACCUCCCCCCCACCCAACGUCUGUCGGCACAGCUGCCCAAGAAGUAGAAGUAGGAGGAGGAGGAGAAGAAGGAGAAGGUGAAGAAGAAUCGCGAGCUGAGCUCAAAGCUCCGAUUUUUGAGUAACUUGGCAAUGCGUUAAUGGUGGAUCGUCGCAGUGGACUUGGGAGUCAAAGCCCCCGGAUUGACCGGCCUUUGAGCUGAGAGGAGCCGACCUUUUCCGCUGAUGCUCGUCCAAGACCGUACUGCGGCGGCGAGGCCGCCGAAAUCCCCGAAAACCCACCUCAGGAACCUCCCCACCCUGCACCCUGGCCGCUUCUCCGAGCCCAAGAGCCUUGAUUUCUCCACCUGGGUCUCCGAGAAUCUCUACAAGAUCCUCACCAUCGGCCUCCUCAUCGCCACCGUCGCAGUCCUCUUCUUCCUCUACAACUCCGGCGACGCCGCCACCCUCCUCCGCUUCGAGAAGACCCAGUCCGAGAACCUCCACUCCGUCCAUUUCCCCCAGAUCAACUGGAAUUCUAUCGACCGGAUCGCCGACAAGACCUCCCCUUACGCCAAUUUCCGGUCUGAGAGGUGGAUCGUUGUCUCGGUCUCGGGCCCGCCGUCGGAUUCGCUCCGGAGCCUCGUCAGGAUCAAGGGCUGGCAGGUCCUCGCCAUAGGUAACUCAAAAACCCCCUCCGAUUGGAGCCUCAAAGGCGCGAUUUUUCUGUCGUUAGAGCAGCAGGCGAGUUUAGGGUUCCGGGUCAUAGAUUACUUGCCAUACGACUCGUUUGUUAGGAAGAGCGUCGGGUAUUUGUUCGCGAUCCAGCAUGGUGCGAAGAAGAUCUUUGAUGCAGACGAUCGCGGGGAGGUGAUUGAUGGGGAUCUCGGGAAGCACUUUGAUGUUGAGCUGACUGGGGAGGGUGCUAGGCAAGAUAUCGUAUUGCAGUACAGUCAUGAGAACCCUAAUCGGACUGUUGUGAACCCAUAUAUUCAUUUUGGGCAGCGGUCGGUUUGGCCUCGGGGAUUGCCAUUGGAAAAUGUGGGUGAGAUUGGGCAUGAGGAGUACUACACCGAGGUCUUCGGUGGCAAGCAGUUCAUUCAGCAGGGCAUUUCCAAUGGCUUGCCUGAUGUGGAUUCCGUGUUCUACUUCACACGAAAGUCAACUUUGGAAGCAUUUGAUAUUAGCUUUGAUGAUCAGGCCCCGAAAGUUGCCUUACCUCAAGGCACAAUGGUGCCGCUUAAUUCUUUCAAUACGAUGUUCCAUUCAUCGGCCUUCUGGGGUCUGAUGCUUCCUGUAUCUGUCAGUUCAAUGGCUUCUGAUGUGCUGAGGGGUUAUUGGGCACAGAGGCUUCUGUGGGAAAUUGGUGGUUAUGUCGUAGUAUAUCCACCCACAGUCCACCGGUACGAUAGAAUUGAGGCAUAUCCUUUCUCUGAAGAAAAGGAUCUCCAUGUUAAUGUCGGCCGACUGAUCAAGUUCUUGGUCUCAUGGAGAUCGAGCAAGCACAGGUUGUUUGAGAAGAUACUUGAGCUGAGCUACCAAAUGGCUGAGGAGGGGUUUUGGACAGAUAAGGACGUGAAGUUCACUGCUGCUUGGCUCCAGGACUUGCUUGCUGUCGGAUAUCAACAACCGAGGCUGAUGUCUCUAGAACUCGAUCGGCCUCGGGCAAGCAUUGGUCACGGGGAUCGAAAGGAGUUCAUUCCUGGAAAGUUGCCUUCAGUUCAUCUUGGGGUCGAGGAGGCAGGGACUGUUAAUUAUGAGAUUGGGAAUUUGAUUCGCUGGAGGAAGUACUUUGGGAACGUGGUGCUUAUCAUGUUCUGCAGUGGACCCGUGGAGCGUACAGCUCUUGAAUGGAGAUUGCUUUAUGGGCGGAUCUUUAAAACUGUGAUAAUCUUGUCGGAGCAGAAAAAUGAAGACCUUGCUGUUGAGGAAGGCCACUUAGAUCAAGUAUACAAAUACCUGCCCACGAUAUUCAAUAGAUAUACCAGUGCAGAAGGGUUUCUUUUCCUUCAAGAUGAUACGAUUCUCAAUUACUGGAACCUGCUGCUGGCAGACAAGACUAAACUGUGGAUCACCGACAAGGUUUCCAAGUCUUGGACGACUGUUUCAACCAAAGGAAACACGGAGUGGUUCAUCAAACAGGCGGAGCUUGUAAAGAAGGUUGUCAGCAUGAUGCCCGUUCACUUCCAGGUGAGCUUCAAAGAGGCCCUGAAGAGCGAAGACAGCCUCACAAUAUGCAAUUCCGAGGUCUUCUACGUCCCAAGGCGCUUCAUUGCGGACUUCGCUGAUCUCGUGAGCUUAGUUGGUGACCUAGAUAUCCAUCACAAGGUCGCGGUCCCGAUGUUCUUCAUGUCGAUGGACUCGACGCAGUAUUUUGAUUCGGUAUUCAGCAAAAUGGUUUACAAGAGAAAACCGCCUCCUAGUAUGAACUCGACAUUCUAUUCCGUUCAAGCACCAGCAGUUCACCCAUGGAGCGUUUCAAGUGAACAAGAUUUCAUUAAGCUUAUACGAAUAAUGGCGGAAGGAGAUCCUCUUUUGAUGGAGUUAGCCUGAAGGUUAUAAGAGUUACCUGCAAGGACACGCCGAGAACAGAUAUAUAGCAAUAGCUGUUCAGAGAAGAGGAAAGAACACCGCUUCAAUUAACCGUUAUAAUGACUGUGUUUUGCCGGUUCCGAUUCUUACCUCGAGGGCAAUAUUUUUUUUUAUGUUGCUUCCUCUUUUUGUAGAUUCGCAUUGUACCAUUCAUUUACAGACUGGAAAUUCCCUCAAGAGGUCAUAGUUGUCUUCAUUUCUCAAUUUUCUCAGUAAAUGUAUGAUAAGAAAGUUUCUCUGAUUUAUACUA